AGGAUACGCGACUUUACUCCAAGUCGUGUUUUCCUCACGACAUUUACGGACGAACAGAUAUGCAAGAAAAACUUUUUUCCAUAGCACCUCUGGUGCUUUUGGCGUUGGCAUGGGGAGCUGACGCUCAACGUUACUACAACUACUACCCGCGCGGUUACGCCGGCCGCAACCUGUAUGAGCACGGUCGCUCGAUCUCCGACGAUCUCGUGCGAUGCGGACCAAACACUUGCGGCGUUGGUGCUCACUGCACGCACGGCAGUGUGCGGCCGGUGUGCGCGUGCCUGCCUGGAUACUCUGGGGAUCCUUUGUCGCAGUGCAUUAAGAUCGAGUGUGUUGACAACAGCGAAUGCCGUGGUCACCAAUCAUGUGUGAACCAACACUGCAUCAACCCCUGUGACGGUGCUUGCGGAUCCCACGCCAACUGUGAGGUUCGUCAACAUGUGCCAGUAUGCUCAUGUCCUCCUGGUUACACCGGCAAUCCUUUCACAGCCUGCAGAAUCGCUGAUCCAGAGGAAGCUUGCCACCCAUCUCCAUGCGGUCCCAACACCAAAUGCCACGUUGCCAACAACCAAGCAAUCUGUACUUGUCUCCCUGGAUACAGAGGUAGCCCACUCGCUGGAUGCAGACACGAAUGCGACUCCGACAGCGACUGCGGUGCGCAACAGUCUUGCCGCGACUUCAAAUGUGUCAGCCCUUGUAGCGACUGUGGUGUCAAUGCCGACUGCGAAACUGUUGCUGCCCACCGUGCUGUGUGCAAGUGCCCAAGAGGCUACCACGGCGAUCCCUACCGUAUCUGUUCCGCUGAAUGUACCUCAGACAGCGAGUGCCCCAGCUACAAACCAGCUUGCGUGUACAACGCGUGUGUCAACCCUUGCACCAACGCUUGCGGUGUGAACGCCGAGUGCAACCUCCGCGGUUUGACGCCCGUCUGCUCCUGCCCUAAGACCAUGACCGGUGACCCCUUCACAUUCUGCAGGCCUUUCGAAGCGCGUGAUCUUUGUGAGCCAAACCCCUGCGGCGCGAACGCCAAGUGUACCCCCGGCCACGACCGCACUGGUGCUGAACGCCCCGUCUGUACUUGCCCCACUGGAUACCGUGGAAAUGCUCUCGUUUCUUGUGAAAAGGGCGAGUGUGAACUAGACUCCCAAUGUCCCGACCACUUGGCGUGCGUGGGCUACGAGUGUGUGGACCCUUGUCUCGGUAACACACAGUGUGGAUCUGGCGCAGUGUGCAUGGCACGUAGACACAUCGCUGUCUGCACGUGUCCUGGAGAUCAUCACGGUGAUGCCCUAGUCAGCUGCUACCACACCAACUCUGAAGCCGCGUCCGCUCGUUACUACAGGUUCAAGCGUAACGGCAACUUCACAGAAAAAAUUGAGGACCAGACCGAGGGAGUUGCCACGGAAACCAUCGUUGUAGAGCCGACCCUUGCAACCCCGACUGACGAUUAAAAAUAAUCUUGCCCUUAAUCACUGCCAAGUAUUAAAGUGCACUUAACAAAUCGAUUGAUAAACUAGCAUUGUUUUGAUCGUGUGUUAAAAACUGAUUUAAUAGAAAUUAAAUCACCUUCUUAAUGCAGGAUCAAAUGAAAUAAAUAAUUUUUUAUA